GUACGCCGCAUGCUACUCAAGAAACAACGUCCACACUUCGAUGGCUGUGAGUCGGAUGGCUCGAUUUCUUUCAGUCUGUGCUCAGCUGGACUCCGUGACGCCAGUCAACAAUGUUCUGGGCAGUCGUGCGCACCGGGCUGUUGUCGUGAUUGGUAGGAAGUACGGCUUUAAGAACAAGAUGCAGGACUCGUCGAAGCGGAAGACUUGCUAGGCUAGUGACAAGAAAAUCUGUUUCACUAGAAAUUAAACUAUGAUCCUGGCCUACGUAUAAAAUAACGUCAGUUAUCGUGGAUUCGUUACUGUGAGUCUGUGUUUCUACGGACGAAGAGGUCAUCUUCAAAACACGUCAGUAUGCUUGACCACAUACAUUAAAAGUAGAUUGUUUUCAAUCAGAAUGAUGAAGAUUUCGUCAGAAGUGAAAAAACUUCAAGUUGUCUACGUCUGGGUGACCAUCUUAUGCCUAGGGUGUGUGUCAGGAGAUAAGAUGUGGGCUCGUCAACGAACCUCCGAGACAGAAACCUUCACUAAACGAUCUCCCACAGUGGGCGAUUCAGUAGUGUCUUUCUUAAUAGGGGCCCUGAAGGCGGGAAAUAAAACAGGGGGCACCCAAUCGAUGACGACACAAGACGAGAGCCUGCGCAUCAGCGUGGUCGUGCGCCUGAAAGAAUUUAUAGAAAUAAUAAAAACGGAGUUUGAUAAGUUCAAAGACAAUUACCAUAAGCAUAAGAAACGAUGUCGCAAGAAUGAUAAAAGGUGGCGUCGACGUUACGGCAAUAAACGAAGAAGAAGAAAUAAAAAUCGUUUCCGUAAAACUCACCAUCAUCAUGGACGUGAGUCGUCGUCCGCUGGAACGCUGUUUCCUUUAAAAUCUGACUCGCCAUCAAUGAUAGUCACAACAACCAGUCACUUACAAAAAGGUUGGUGCCAAACAAAACCCAUGGUGCAACAGAUUCAGGAAGAGGGUUGCAUCUCUGCUGAAAUAUCGAACAACUUUUGUUACGGACAGUGCAAUUCAUUUUUCAUUCCAAAACCGGGAAAUGAUCUAACAGACGACAAUUCAGCAGCUUUCCGUUCGUGCCCUUUCUGCAAACCACGUAAAGUACAUUGGAUUACUGUUGUUCUACAAUGCCCAACAUUAACUCCACCUAUUCGUAUCAAACAAGUGAUGCACGUGGAAAAAUGUAGAUGUACUUCACAAAUUUCACAAUAAACCAGCGACAAUAAAGUUUCAACUUUAAAGAUAUGGAAAGUAAGGGCAGAGAAACCUUACGUUUUCAAUGAAUCGAUGUUGUGAUAAAGUCUUGGAAUGUUUCCAUGUAAAUUGUACAGUUGUAAAAGUAAAAUAUUAACUUACAAAAAAUUAUCUUUACAAGGUAGCCACACGUGCAUAUUCGAUAUUUCUUACGAGUUAGAAUUAUUUUUAUCUUUUUAUUAAUAUAUAUAUGCUUAUAAAAUCAUAUCGUUUUAUUCGUUCCCCUUCUCACUGUGGACACCUACAACACCUAUAUGUGUUUUGAAUCAAUAGUUUAUUACCAGAAAAACAUUAUCCCAUUAAAAGUAUCAACUCUUAAAAUUUCUAAAGAAUUGACUUUACUAAUUUUCAAGCUAUUUCUCUAAUCCGGUGUGGACUUCUUCUUCUCCCCUUAAUCCCUUCACGUGGGGUCAGAGCGUCUUCAUUUAAAUCUAUCGUUCACCACACUGAGGUCCACUUGAUUACUGUCCUCUUUAAUAAAAUUCUUCCAUCUAUUCCUCAGACUCCCUUUCCACCGCCUGUCGUUCACUUUCCUCCCUGCUGCCCAUUACUGUCCUCUUUAAUAAAAUUCUUCCAUCUGUUCCUCAGACUCCCUUUCCACCGCCUGUCGUUCACUUUCCUCCCUGCUGCCCAUUUCACCCAUCCUUUGCUGUCCUCACUUAUCCUUUGCACAUGCCAUACCACCUCAAUCUUAAUUCCUGCAUCUUCUUUCUGAUGUUACAACACUUCACCUACUGUCUAGUUUCUGCACUCGCUUGUGAUCUCAUAAAGUCACUCUUCUAAUGUAUCUCAGCCACCAAAUUUCUGUCACUUCUGAUCUUUUUAGAUGACACUUCUUCGCCACCCAAGUCUCGCACUAAAUACCAGAGCUGGCAAGACCAUCAUUUUGUACAAAAGACUAUUGAGCUUCAUUGACAAUCGUCUAUCAAAUACUAUCCCAGUAAUUUUCUGCCAAGUCACUUUGUAACCUGGCCUAUAUCUUUCUGUUCAGCUCCCUGUUCCCCUCUAUCCAACAUCCUAGGAACUUAAAACCCAUCCCUCUUCAAUCCCUACAUUCAGCUCAGUUGGAUUCACUGUUGACAAUACUAUCCUCACUUUUUUGAUCUGCUCAUCUUCGUUCCAUGUCUGCUCACUGCUUUCUUCCAUUUACACACCAUUUCCUCCAGCUCCUCCUCUGAGUCCGCUUCUAAUACUAUAUAAUCUGCAAAAAUCAGUUUUUAUGCCUUUUUCUAUAGCUAACUGGUUACGGAUAAUGACGAAUAUCAGUGAACUGAGCCUUGUUGUAGAUCAACCUUCACUUCAAAUGCCUCUGAGAGUCUAAAAUAAAUUUUUACUCUUGUCAUUGGUACUCUAUACAUGGCCAUGAUCGCACUUAUUAAUUGUUCUGACUAUCUAUACCUCAUCAGUAAACACGUUAAGUAAAAUAAGGUUUUAAUAUAUAUUUAUUAAGAACUCGUGUUCUUUUAAUGGCUGUUUUACACGCUUUAUUCAGGCUUCCUUUCAUGUUGUCUUGAUAAUUAAAUCAACAAAAAACAUAGUGUUAUUCAGUUAUACAGUUUGUUAAAUUGUCAUUAGUGGAAGAAUGUUGUUAUCAUACGAAAUUCAAAUGUAUCUUUUGUUUUAGUAUAUUACGUCAAAUUAAAAAAAGUUAUAAAAAUUACCCGUCCUUAGAUGUUUUGGACUCAUAAAUCACGAAAUUUAAAUAACUUUGCAAAGAGAUGAUCUUUUAUUUCAAUCAAUAUGUAAGUAAUGUACCAGUAGAUGGCAGCACUAAUAAAGAGCUCGCUGAUGUGUUCUAGAUUUGUCCAACGUGUAUAUAAUAUUCGCCAAAAAAAUGAGUUCAAAAAAAUUGGAUAACUUGUGUUUAUGCAAAUACUUUGUAUUUUCUGUGUUAUUUUCUUCGUAUUUAUAGGUAUGUGUGUACAUACACACACACACACACACACACAUAUAUAUAUAUAUAUAUAUAUAGUUCAUAAACGUGUUUUUUCUUCUUCCACAAGUACAAAGAUAUCCAGAUACGACGGAAUUUUGUUCAUAUUCACUUGCACGUGCCAAAAAUUAAAUGUCUGUAAGUAUGGUUAUAAACGUUAUCAUGUUGUUGUUGUUUUUUUUUUUAUUUAUGUACUUAUAUAUUUGUACAUUUAAGAAUCUCAAAGUUUAA